AUGACAAAUGUGGAAAUAAGGAUGGAUCUCCAAACAUUGACUCGUGCUUUAACGGCUCAAGUCACUAGGGAUGCUAGAGUUCAAGUGAACCCUAGUGCAAGUACAACCGCUUCAAGGAUAACGAAUUUCACAAGAAUGAAUCCCCCUAUGUUCUAUGGCUCCAAGAUGGAGGAAGACCCACAAGGGUUUAUUGAUGAAGUGUUUAAGGUGCUUGAUGCUAUAGGAGUGUCUCUCCAAGAGAAGGUGGAACUAGCCGCCUAUCAAUCGAAGAAUGUGGCUCAAGUUUGGUAUGAGCAAUGGAAGGAUGAGAGACCCGCAAUGCUCAUCCCAAGUAUGAAUAUUUCACGUCCUAUGGUUCAUGCCAAACAAAUUGAGGAACAAAAGCUCAAGCAAGUGAAUAGACAAGUGAAGAGGGCAAGGACCGAUGAUCGAAAUUCUUCCAAAGGUAAAUUUGAGAGUCAAGGUAAACCAAGGUUCAAGAGAAGGUUCUCCAACCAAGGUUCCUCUAAUGCUCCAAGGGUCAACAAAUAUAGGGUGCCUAACCCUAAGCUUCAAGGAGGCAAUAGUGGUGGAUCUUCAAUGACAAGGCCUACUUGUGCCAAGUGUGGCAAGAAACAUGAGGGGAAGUGCCUUGUUGGCACGGAUGGUUGUUUUCAUCGUGGGAAGAGUGGUCAUAUGAUAAGAGAUUGUCCCAUGCUUAAAGUUUAA